CACAGCUCCCACCAGCUUUCUAGGGACAUCGGGGACAGCUCAGGACACGGGUGGUCGGUGCACACAGCAGGGACAGUUCAAAACACGGGUGGUCGGUGCACACAGCAGGGACAGUUUAGAACACGGGUGAUCAGUGAACACAACAGGGACAGUUCAAAACACGGGUGGUCGGUGCACACAACAGGGACAGUUCAGGACACGGGGGGGUCUGUGCGCACAACAGGGACAGUUCAGGACACGGGUAGUCUGUGCGCACAACAGGGACAGUUCAGGACACAGGUAAUCUGUGCGCACCACAAGGACAGUUCUCGGGUAAUCUGGGCACUCACGGUAGGUGGCUUGCAGACACUCAGCAGCAGGUGGCUUCCAGGG